AUGGAUGGUAAAGUCACGUAUGAGGGCGCUGUGUACAGUUCAGGGCCCGGUGUUGAAGUCGGUGAUAUAGUGUUUGUUGAGGACUGGGAUGGGCGGCCUGCUAGUGAGUGGUCUGUGCAGCGGAUCGGGGUGCUGCAGUCGAAGAUCGAGCGCUACACGUAUCAGAUAUAUCAUAGUAAUAGGUAUGGGAAGCACAACUUAUCGAAGCUGAUACCGAGACAUGUCCUGGUCGGGUUUGCGAACGAAGUGUUCGGCUUUGACGGGUGGAAAACUGAUAUUGAGUUUGUGGAGACCAAGGACGGGUUCCCUGGAUCGACAUCAUCUAUUAGUAUUGCCGACAAAAUCAGUGCGGACAGUGGUGGUGGUACAGGAGCUCUUGCGGAUAGAUAUACCGUUAUAGCAGAGGCAAGUGUGAAAGUGACCUUGAAGGACGGGACUAACACCAGAAUGACGGGCUUUAGUAGAGCUACAACGCCUUCGAAAAUUGAAAGUUUCAAUAAAGCUAAGAAAGAAGCGGUCAACGAUGCCUUGAAGAAAGCCCUCCUAAGUUUUGAAAAGAUAAUCCUUGAGCAUGAAUUAAAAACCAAAAAUGACUUUUAUGUUGAUGGUUUAUAUGGUUCUAAGGCUCAAAAAAUAUAG